GCCGGAGCGGCGGCGGCGGCGGGGAGGGAAGAUGGCGGCGCCGGGGCCAGCCGUCACCCGGGAGACGCGGCGGCCCUGCCGCCUGCAGCCCUGAGGGCCUGGGCCCGGCCGCGGCGGGCGGUGAGCCGGCGGCAGCUGUGAAGUGGAAUGCCAUGGCCAGUUCCUCGGACAGUGAAGAUGACGGUUUCAUGGCCGUGGAUCCAGAAGACGCUGCGGUCGAAGGGACGAUGGAGCAAGACGAGGAGCCGCAUGCUGAGCUGGAGGUCGAGGAGACCAGGCACAACAGAUCGAUGUUGGAGCUCCCAGAAGAGGUUUUGGAAUAUAUCCUCUCCUUCCUUUCACCGUAUCAGGAGCACAAAACUGCUGCCCUUGUCUGCAAACAGUGGUAUCGACUAAUCAAAGGUGUGGCCCAUCAGUGUUAUCACGGCUUUAUCAAAGCAGUGCAAGAAGGAAAUAUUCAGUGGGAGAGUCGCACUUACCCCUACCCUGGAACCCCCAUCACCCAGCGCUUCUCGCACAGUGCGUGUUACUAUGACGCCAACCAGUCGAUGUAUGUGUUCGGCGGCUGCACGCAGAGCAGUUGUAACGCCGCUUUCAACGACCUCUGGAGACUUGACCUGAACAGCAAGGAGUGGAUCCGGCCCCUGGCAUCAGGUUCGUACCCCUCGCCCAAGGCUGGGGCCACCCUCGUGGUCUACAAGGACUUGCUUGUGCUCUUCGGUGGGUGGACGCGGCCGAGCCCUUACCCUCUGCACCAGCCAGAGAGGUUCUUCGAUGAAAUCCAUACCUACUCACCCUCCAAAAACUGGUGGAACUGCAUCGUGACCACCCACGGCCCCCCUCCCAUGGCGGGACACUCCUCCUGUGUCAUCGAAGACAAAAUGAUCGUCUUUGGGGGUUCACUGGGAUCUCGGCAAAUGAGCAAUGACGUCUGGGUGCUGGAUCUCGAGCAGUGGGCUUGGUCCAAGCCCAACAUCUCUGGGCCCAGCCCUCACCCGCGAGGCGGCCAGUCUCAGAUCGUAAUAGACAACGAAACCAUUUUAAUCCUGGGUGGCUGUGGCGGUCCCAAUGCACUGUUUAAAGACGCCUGGUUACUGCACAUGCACGCGAACCCCUGGACGUGGCAGCCGCUAAAGGUGGAGAACGAAGACCACGGAGCCCCGGAGCUGUGGUGCCAUCCUGCCUGCAGGGUGGGCCAGUGCGUCGUGGUCUUCAGCCAAGCUCCCAGCGGGAGAGCCCCGCUGAGUCCCAGCCUGAACUCUCGCCCCUCUCCCAUCAGCGCCACGCCGCCCGCCCUGGUCCCCGAAACGCGGGAAUACCGCUCUCAAUCUCCCGUCAGGAACACGGACGAAGCUCCCUGCGUCAAUGGCCGCUGGGGCACCUUGCGACCCAGAGCGCAGAGGCAAACCCCGUCGGGAUCCCGGGAAGGCAGCCUCUCCCCGGCAAGAGGGGACAGUUCCCCCGUACUCAACGGUGGGAGUUUAUCGCCCGGAGCCACGGCGGCCGGCGGUGCCUCCUUGGACAGCCCCGUGCAGGUUGUAUCUCCCAGCACGCCUUCCGCCGCUGAAGGAUACGACCUAAAAGUGGGGCUCGCCCUGGCUCCGCGCCGAGGAUCGUUGCCGGAGCAGAAAGACCUGCGUUUGGGAUCCGUCGACUUGAGUUGGGAACAGAAACCGGCUUCCAUCAUCUGCCAGAUGGAUGGUGUGGAGGGCAGGACGGUCGGCGCCGGCGUGAGGAACCCCCCCGAGCAAACCAACGGCAUCCACACGCCGCCCCACGUCGCCAGCUCCCUCCCGGGGGCCGUCUCCCCCAGCGCGCUCCGGAGGAGCUUGGAGGCCGUCAAAGCUCUCUCUUCCAAAGGCUCCUCGGCUUCUGCGGCGCUGAGCCCUCCGCUGGCUUCUUCCCCGGGGUCCCCGGGUGCCGAGACGGGCUCGGUGGCGCGGCCGGGCUCUACCCAAGGCGACGGCCAUUCCUUACCUCCCAUCGCCCGCCGCCUGGGCCACCACCCUCCCCAAUCCCUCAACGUGGGGAAGCCUUUAUACCAGAGUAUGAACUGCAAACCCAUGCAGAUGUACGUGCUGGACAUUAAAGACACCAAGGAAAAAGGACGAGUCAAAUGGAAAGUGUUCAACAGCAGUUCGGUGGUGGGACCGCCCGAAACCAGUUUACACACGGUAGUGCAAGGCAGAGGGGAAUUAAUCAUAUUCGGUGGCCUCAUGGACAAGAAACAAAACGUGAAAUACUAUCCCAAAACAAAUGCCUUGUACUUUGUGCGAGCAAAAAGAUAAUGCGGCCCGAGCCCUUCGCCGCCGUCACCUUCUCCCCUCCCUCUCCGCGGCUCUUCCCUCUCCUUUCCGAGCCCUUACUCUGUCACGCAGGCGUUUCAAACUGUGAAUUCGGGAGCGAGAAACUAAUAAAAGUCCAGGCAAAACCUCCAGCGCUGCCCCGCCGCUUCCCAGUAAGACCCCAGUUAAGCGAAUCAUGUUUACAGGCGGGGAAGAACCCGUGCCGCUGCGAGCCGAGGCGAGGAUUUGGGGUGAGGUAGGGAAAUCUGCCAGCCGAUAUCCUCUUGGGGUUGGUUUUUAUUUUCCAGGGGGUUUGAGAGGCUUCGGAUCUUUCCAAAACUCCCCCUGGGAUGUGAGGAAAAGUGGGUUUUGAUACGAACAAACCAAACGGCGGCAGGCAGGAGGCUGUCACCUUGCGCGCGCCGAUUAUUUCCAUGCUUGACUCCGUAAGGAAAACAAGAGCAAUACCAGGAAUCUUCCAGCGCUGCAAACCUUUGCUCGACACAAACGCGAUGCCUUUUUUUCUGCCUCUCGCCCCUUUGGCCUGUCGUGCUCCUUCCUGGCCGCCGUACGGGACCGUAAGAAGGAAGAAAGGACAGGGGUUUUUUGCAUUAAAAUGCCAAAAAUAUUAAGAAUUAGCCGGGAGUUAGCAUCCCCCUCUCCCCGCCCUGUGCUGGAUCAGGCUUUGGGAUCAGCCCUGAUCCCUCCUGAUCGGCAAAAAACCACACCGCUUACUCUAAAAAAUCCCAUUCUUCCCCCAAAACGGAGACGUUUGGCUGCCAAUUCCCUUCUAGACUUGAAGGUUUCGUUUCGCUCAAACAACCCAAACCCGCCCAAGGCUGAACCAGCACCUCGUAGCCUGGGAACGGGGUUGGGUUUUUUUUUUUCCAGCCAAAAAGAUGAAUAUUGGUAAAUUUGAGGGCGUGAGCAGCCUCCGUGGCAGUAGCUGCACCUCGUCUUUGCACGUGCCUCCUCCUUCCGCAAAAAUUCAAAUUGAAAUCCGAAGGGAUUAAACCUGGGCGUCCUUCUCUUUCCCUUUCCCCUCCAGAUGAUGGGGGGAAAUGGGCGGAUUCUGCCAGGUUUUGGUCACCAACCUCCAGCACCCGAAAAGUAGGGAAUCCUCCCCAAACCGGCAACGCCAUGACGUGGCCCCUUUUCCCCCUCAAUUUCGGCCCCCCCCCACCUCCUCCAUCCCCACUGAGCUUUUUUUGCCGGUCGGAGCCUUAAAUCGCAUCCCAGCCGCGUGGGGAUGGGGAGGGUUUUGCUUCGUCUGCGGCGUUUUCCGCCUCUGUAAAUAAAUCCCUCGUUAAAUCCAGCCUCUCCCGCUCCAAUCCCAAACCGAUUUGAUUUCUCCAAAGGGAAGGCAAAAUGCAGUUUUUUAACCCCCCAAACCUCAGGAGCACCUAAAGGUGAUUUAGGAAAUGUUUCUUCUCCACUUUUAAGCUUGGCCGCGGGGAGGGUGGUCGGGGCUUUGGCAUCGAUUCCCUCCUCCCCUUUGCAUGUUUCACCCCAAAAAAAGUCCAAAAAAAAGGGAUGGACGGUGGAUCGUUGGGUUGACGUUGGGUCACUGUUGGGUUGACGUUGAGUUGAUAUUUAGUUGACGUUGGGUCAGCGUUGGGUUGACGUUGGGUCGACAUUGGGUCACUGUUGGGUUGACGUUGAGUUGAUGUUUGGUUGACGCUGGGUCAGUGUUGGGUUGACGUUGGGUCGACGUUGGGUCACUGUUGGGUUGACGUUGAGUUGAUGUUCGGUUGACGCUGGGUCAGUGUUGGGUUGACGUUGAGUUGACGUAGGGUCAGCGUUGGUUCAAUGUUGGGUUGACGUUGAGUUGAUGUUCGGUUGACGCUGGGUUGACAUUGAGUUGACGUUGCGUUGACAUCCCUCUCCUUGCACGGAGCAUCCCUCGAGGGGCGUUUUCCCAACAUUUACGUGAUCUCCGUCCCCAACCGCUCCCAAAAUCCCCCUAAAUGGCCCCAAACCCACCGAGCAGCCGGGGCCAUCCCUCCUCCAUCCCUGUCGGUGGCGGAAAGGCAUGUUCUGCGCCGUCAACCAUGAAUUCAUCCCAAAUUUUGAUACCCCCACCCCCCGUGAGCCGCUGGUGCUGUGAGCGAGGUGUUGUCCCCCCCUCCCCCGCGACUCAGGUGUCCCCCCCACAUCGGGCUCGGCCGAGCAUAGGAAUGAAAAGCAAUUUUCGGUGAUAUUUAAAAUCUUGUGUAUAUUUUUGGGGGGGGGCGAGGGGGGUGGUUAAUGGAUUUCCCCUCCUCCUCCCCCCCCCCCCCCCAU